UACAAAUUUCUCAAAAUUAAAGUUAUGUGAUUGAUUUGUAAGUAAGCACAAGUAUGAUGACCAUUAUUAUAAUUGGUUUGCUUGUUUUCUUCUUCCUCGUGAGGGAAAAGGAAACCAAAGAUUUUCUAUUUCCCGAGCCGAGAGAGUGAAGAAGGAACAGUUGCAGCCUUCGUCAAUCUCUUCCUUCGAUCCACAAUCCCCUAUUCGCCUGCUUGAGACGAGAGCGCUAAUUGGUCUCGCCCGUCGCCAUCUCAGCAGUUUUCUGCUAUUCCGACUUGACCUAAUCCAGUGGAUUGACUGGCGGGGAAGGCAGAGAUCUGUAACGAGUAACGACAGCUUUUGUUAGGGUUCAGAAAGACAAGCGAGACAGUUCGCUUCGAAUUCAAUCCUGUCGUCUCCGUCUUUGCUUGAGCUGCCCUGCUGCAAUAGGUAAUCUCCGUUGUCUAUGCAUCGCUCUGUUCUUCUUUUUGCCUGUUGCCGAUUAGAAAGCUGCAUCCGCCCGAGUUUUGAUUUUGUCUUUUCACUCGCUUUGAAUCAGGUCUUGAUUUGUGUUCCCCCAACUAUGCACGGAAAAGUGGGUUUUGGGGGAUGAAGCCCAGAGUGAAUUGAUUCCUUUCUGUCUCCUUACUCGUCGAUUCUCAAUUUUUUUUUUUGUUCUUUUGUCCGAAACUAGCUCGUUGAAUGAUUAGGGGUUUUAUUGCUCUUUUACUGUUGAAGUUUCGUGCUUUGCUUUUUCUUGCGAAUCCCGUAAUGUUGUUUUGUUUAGUGGGUUUUGAUCAGGGGAAGAGAUGGAGGAUGUGAAGCAUAAGUCCAGGAAGGAAGAGGAUUCCAAAAGGAGUCACCGUGACAAGGAGAGGAAUGGAGAUAGGCACCGCAGCAGCAGGCGAUCGGAGAGGGAGAAGAGUGUCGAUUCGGACAGCAAGUAUGAGAGGGAGAGGGAGAAGGAUAAGGAUAGAGAGAAGCGUAGUAAGGAGAAGGAUCGCAGAAGUAAGGAUGAUGGUAAAGAAAGGCAUGGCAAAGAUAGGAAGAGGGACAGGGAUGGAGAAGAGAAAGACCGGGAUAGGGAUCGUGAUCGGGAGAAGAAGGAGAAGAGGAAAAGGGAGAAGGUGAAGGAACACGAAAGGGAAGAGCGAGAGAAGAAGGAAAGGGACAGAAAGGGGGAGCGGGGUAAGGAAGAAAAAGAGAGGGAGAAGAAGGAUAGAGAGAAAGAAAGGAGGAGGAGGGAGAAGCACAGAGGGUAUAGUAGUAGCGAUGAUAGCGAUAAUGAUGAUACUAAGGUGGAUCAUCGUGAUAAGAAGAGGCGGAAAAAAGAGGCAGAUGAUCACAAGGAGAGAACACGAGAAGUUAGCAAGUCGAGCAAGCGCAAGGAUGACAGUGACGGUAGUGGGAGCUCUCCACCGAGAAAGGUUGCUGCUGCUGCUGCUGUUGGUGUUCAGGAAGUUAAGGAAAGUGGUAAAACUCGAGAGGAGGAAUUAGAGGAUGAGCAGAAGAGGUUGGAUGAUGAGAUGGAGAAAAGAAGGAGAAGAGUCCAAGAGUGGCAAGAACUGAAGAGGAAGAAGGAAGAGUCCGAGCGUGAAAAGCUGGGGGAAUCAGGUCCGACAGACGAGCUGAAAUCCGGUAAAACCUGGACUCUCGAGGGAGAAUCUGAUGAUGAAGAUGCCAUGGGGAAAUCGGAUACUGAAAUGGAUGUGGAUGAUAAUUCAAAACCUGAUGGAGAAACUGAAGAUGCAAUGGCUGUAGAUGCUCAAGAAGAAGAUGAUUCAGCAGUAGCUCCUGCUGCUCCUGCAGCAGCAACAGAAGCCCCUCCUGUUGAGGAGGAUGAAGAUAUUGACCCCCUCGACGCGUUCAUGAACAACAUGGUUUUACCAGAAGUGGAGAAGCUCAAUAGUGCAGCUGUUAGUGACAAUAACGGGGUCGAUCUUGGCAAGAAAGAUGUGAAGACCGAAGCAAAGAACAAUGGAGAACAGUCGAAGAAGGGGUCAAAGAAAUCAUUAGGAAGAAUCAUUCAAGGGGAGGAUUCCGACUCGGAUUAUGGGGACGUUGAUAAUGAUGAGAAAGCUUCUGAAGAUGAAGAUGAUGAAGAGUUCAUCAAGAGGGUAAAGAAGACAAAAGCUGAGAAGUUGUCCCUCGUCGAUCACUCCAAAAUUGAUUACAAGCCAUUCAGGAAAAACUUCUACAUCGAGGUGAAGGAGAUCUCGAGAAUGACUCCAGAGGAGGUUUCUGCUCAUAGAAAAGAGUUAGAACUCAAGAUACAUGGCAAAGACGUGCCUAAACCAAUCAAGACAUGGCACCAAACUGGACUGACCACCAAAAUCAUGGACACUAUCAGGAAACUCAACUUCGAGAAGCCGAUGUCGAUUCAAGCUCAAGCACUUCCAGUGAUCAUGAGUGGCCGGGACUGCAUCGGAAUUGCCAAGACCGGUUCCGGCAAGACCCUAGCUUUUGUCCUUCCUAUGUUGAGACAUAUUAAGGAUCAACCGCCUGUUGAAGCUGGAGAUGGCCCUGUCGGGAUGAUAAUGGCACCCACGAGAGAGCUCGUGCAGCAGAUACACAGUGAUAUCAGAAAGUUUACAAAACCUCUCGGGUUGAGAUGCGUGCCUGUGUACGGAGGUUCCGGUGUUGCCCAGCAAAUCAGCGAGUUGAAGCGUGGGACUGAGAUUGUCGUCUGCACUCCAGGUCGGAUGAUCGACAUACUCUGCACGAGCGGCGGGAAGAUCACAAAUCUCCGGAGGGUGACGUAUUUAGUCAUGGAUGAAGCUGACCGAAUGUUCGACAUGGGAUUUGAACCUCAGAUCACGAGAAUUGUUCAGAACAUUCGCCCCGAUCGGCAAACUGUUCUCUUCUCUGCCACUUUUCCAAGGCAGGUCGAGAUUUUGGCUCGGAAGGUUCUAAACAAACCAGUCGAGAUACAGGUUGGCGGUAGGAGCGUGGUGAACAAGGACAUUACCCAGCUUGUCGAGAUUCGACCAGAAAAUGAACGUAUCUUCAGACUGCUGGAGCUUCUUGGUGAAUGGUAUGACAAGGGGAAGAUUCUAGUGUUCGUCCAGUCACAGGACAAGUGCGAUAUGUUAUACAAAGAAAUGAUGAACGUGUAUCGCUACCCUUGUCUCUCUCUUCACGGAGCUAAAGACCAGACUGAUAGAGAAUCAACGAUCUCGGACUUCAAGAACAACGUCUGCAAUUUGUUGGUCGCAACAAGUAUUGCUGCUCGUGGAUUGGACGUCAAGGAUCUUGAAUUGGUGGUCAAUUAUGACGCUCCAAACCACUACGAGGAUUAUGUCCACCGGGUUGGUCGAACUGGUAGAGCUGGCAAGAAGGGAUGUGCGGUGACAUUCAUAUCAGAGGACGAUGCUAAAUAUGCGCCAGACCUUGUGAAGGCACUGGAACUGUCGGAGCAAGUUGUGCCAGAUGAUUUGAAAGCUCUUGCAGAUGGUUUCAUGGCAAAGGUGAAUCAAGGGCUCGAGCAGGCGCAUGGAACUGGUUAUGGCGGGAGUGGAUUCAAGUUUAAUGAAGAGGAAGAUGAGAAGAGGAUGGCGGCUAAGAAAGCACAGGCAAAGGAGUACGGUUUCGAGGAAGACAAGUCUGAUUCGGAAGAUGAGGAUGAAGGGAUUCGAAAGACGGGGAAUAACGAUCUCGGCCAGCUUCAGGCUGCUCGUGCUCAGCAGAUGGCAGCCCUUGCAGUUGCUUCUGUCCCGCCACCUGCCCAGCUACUAUCUGCCGGCGGUGUUCCUGCUGCAGCAGCAGAUGGGAUGGCGAGAGCACAGGCGUUGGCUGCUGCCAGGAACUUGCAGCAGAACCUGUUGAAGCUGCAAGCUGAUGCUUUGCCCGAGCAUUACGAGGCUGAGCUGGAGAUCAACGAUUUCCCACAGAACGCUCGGUGGAAGGUGACCCACAAGGAGACUUUGGGUCCGAUUUCAGAGUGGACCGGAGCUGCCAUCACCACCAGAGGGCAGUACUUCGGACAGGGGCGGGUACCAGGUCCUGGAGAACGGAAGCUGUACUUGUUCAUCGAAGGCCCGAACGAGGUGUCAGUGAAGAGAGCCAAGGCAGACUUGAAGCGCGUCCUGGAAGAGAUCACGAGCCAGGGAUUCUCUGUUCCUGGUGGCGCUCAAACUGGCAGAUACUCGGUCGUCUAAAGCUUCUGUGAGUCUAGUAUUAGAUAGAUUACACAGUACACGCUAUUUUUAGUUGGGAAUCCAAUACUUGGUCUGAACGUGUUGAAAUUUUGUCAGUGCAGGGCCCUGCCUUGAGAACCAUCUCUGCAGAAAUUCCAUGAGCUGCCGCCAUGUUUAGUUGAGUGAGUCUGUGAUUUUUGCAGAAGCAGUAGGAGAAAGGGCUAUAGAUUGGGAAUCCCAUGUUCAAACUCCAAACCGUUUAUUCUUCCCCUAUUCUGAUUUUGUAAUGGCCGAUAGGGUUACGGCUCUGAAAUCUUUAUACCAACUUGUUGGAGAUUACUGCUUCUUACGUGUAUCACAAGGAUCAGAUUAUUGUGUUAUAAUAUGGUUUCUCGCGGUUUUAUAUGGUCAUAUGGUUCACUUCGUGGCAAGUCAUUUCACAUUAGGUAAUCUUUUCCUCAGGUCCUUUCAUCGCCAUUGCAGAUCUAAUCAAGAACCCAGUUAGAUACCAGGAUGCAACGUAUGGUGAACAUGGACGAUGAUUCCUCGUAUUUGCUAAACUAUCAACAACGUGAUUACUUUCACGGUGAACAUGAAGAUAAAAUUCGACGAGGUAUGCUGCCGGCCGGAAUGAUCUCAUCCUCUCGUCGGCGGCAGAAAGUAAAAUAUGACCGGAAAGCCGCCUAUGAGGUCCACUAGCUGCAAAUGCUCUCUAGCUAAUCAACUUUCACAAGAAUCAUAGAUGUAUGAUUGGGAGAUGAGAGGCAAAUUAUUGGCAAGACUAGAUUUUAAAUGGAUGGCAAAUAAUUAGACAUAUUUGACUAAUUAUUAAUCACCUUCCUCUCUAGCUAAUCAAUAUCUUGUGUGCUUGCUCUCACGCAUCAUAUUGGCCAGAGUGGAUCAACAUCUUUUUCAUGACCUGACCAUGUGGCCUUCCUUUGCAUGUCAAAGAAGACUCUCAAACUCAAUAGAUGGGAAGUUGGUGAAAGUAAAUAUAGUUCAGGAUCUUUUUCAAGUGAGCAAAAUCCUAGAGCUCGAAGGGGAUCAUCGGACGAGGGUGAACUGUGGUUAUCAGAACGAUCAAUCACAUGUUGGUAGGUAGCAGUGCUUCAAAGCGCUUUUCGGUAGGUUGGUGGCAAGUUCUUCGAGCCAAGCUGGAUUAGGUGUAUGGGAGUUACGGUUACUGGAUAUCCAAUUAGAUACCUUGUUAGUCAGCUGGUUUAACUUUUUUAGCUGCACGAAACAACUGAAACGACAGGUAAACAACGGAUUCAACACAAAAUACUCUACCACUAACUUUUCGGUACCGUUUUAUCGUUCUUGGUCACACAUACAAAUCCAAGUUCCCCGUGAAAGUUGAAACCUUUGCUUAAUUAGUAAUUACUAGGAUGAGUUCAUACUACAUCACACAUGCAAAUCCAAAUGAAACUCGCUUAACUGCCUUGCUCCUUUCCAUCGACGAUAGCAUAUAUAGCAUUCUCCAGGGUGAUCUUACGGGGUAGUCAAAAUUCCAACCGGUAUUGUUAAUGGUACCUACAACUGGCCACAAAGUUUCAAGUCAAAGGAGGAUAUAUAGUAACAUAGAACAGAAAAAGGAAUGAGCAAGUAGGUUGCAGAAUCGUUCAAGGCGAAACAGUGGAUUGAAUAAUUUCACAUUCAACAAGCAUAGUUCUAACUUAGUGGAAAGCAAUCAGAUGAUUCCCCCCCAAAGGUUAGCAAAGGCCGCCGCGGCUGCUUUACCCUCGCCCGGAUGGUGUUUUCAACCGACGGAGUCUCCACCAUUUCGUUUCCGGCGGCGAAACUGAACUGAGCUCUAAUCGGCCAAAUGGCGGGAGACUCCGGGAAAGCGGUUUACUGUUGGCUAGUUCUAGCUGGGCUUCCUGGAACCCGGCUUGUAAAGAAACUGCCACGAUGGGG